AUAGCGAUAGUAAUGGCAAAAGGAAGUCCGAGAAAUCUAAAAAAUCGAAAAAAGAUAAAAAGGAUCGAGAUCGACAUAAAGACAAAUUAUCAUACAUUGAAUUAUCAGCGUAUUCGAAUACAGAUAAUCCUUUUGGUGAUGCUAAUCUUGGCAUAAAAUUUGAAUGGACUAAGAAAAAAGAACGUGAUAAGAAGUUGGGAAUAUCACCAGAAGAAGCUCUGCGUAGAGAAAAAGAACGACGGGAAGAAACACAGGCUCGGAUGCAGCGUGAUGCCGAAAUCGCUGCAAUGGGUGAUUGGGCGUCAAAGGAAGACGAGUUCCAUCUUGAACAAGCAAAACGCCGAGCGGAAAUUAGAAUCAAAGAAAAUCGAGCAAAACCAGUUGAUAUUCUUGCUAUCAAUUUGCGGUUGGCUGAUGAAUCCGAAGUUGUUGAUGAUGCACUGGAGAUUGAUAUGGAUGAACCAUAUACUAUAUUUGAAAAUCUCACUCUACCAGAAGUUGAAGAGUUACAUCAUGACAUCCAAAAAUAUUUGAGCCUUGAAAGAAAUCCAAAUAAUCUUGAUUUCUGGAGGGCAAUGAUUGUAGUGUGUGAGGAUAAACUUUCUGAACUUCAAGAGGAUGAAAAGAACCAUGCUAUGAAUAUUAUAGCACCCGUAAAAGAUGACAUUAAUAAUUUAUUUUUUGGAAAGACUUAUGAGCAGCUGAAUGUAUUACAAGCUCAAAUUCAACAAAAACUAUCGGGAAAAGAAGCUGUAGAAGUAGAAUUUUGGGAACAACAGUUGAAGGCAUUGACAGUUUGGAAAUCAAAAGCUAAGUUGAAAGCAAUGCAUGAAAUUGUAUUGCGAAAAAGAUUAGAACAACUCCGCAGAAAGCAAAGGCAAGAAGCUAUUAAAGUGCAAGAAGAGUUGGAAUCUGCCCUUGCAUCACAUGCUCAUCAUAUUCAAAUAGAAUCUGAAGGGCAAGAAAUAAUGAUUGAAGAAGAUAUCUCUGAUUAUACGAUUGGAGAAUAUGAUAGAUCUAUGAGUCCUCGACCGUUAUCAAGAUUGCCCAAAGAAGAUAAACAGUAUGAAAUUAUUGACCCAGAUGAAGAUUUAAAAGCAUUGAAAGAAAGACGUAAAGAAGUAUUACGUAACCAGUUUAUACCCAUGAAAGUUCAACCAAAAAAACAGACAGUUGAAGAAGAGGAAGAGUCUGUGGUUUCGAAGGCAUUGUAUGAACGGGAGGCUGCUAAGGAACUGGAUGAAGAUGAAGCAAUAUUUAAUAUAGAAGAAGAAUUGGCUAAAACUACAUAUUUGUGGCAAGAUAAAUACCGACCACGUAAACCUCGAUAUUUCAAUCGCGUCCACACAGGAUACGAAUGGAAUAAAUACAAUCAAACGCAUUAUGAUAGCGAUAACCCUCCACCAAAAGUUGUACAAGGGUAUAAAUUCAACAUAUUUUAUCCGGAUUUGAUUGACAAAACUAAAGCACCUACAUAUAAAAUUGAAAGAGAACCCGGCAACAAUGAUACUGUAUUAAUACGUUUCGUUGCUGGUCCUCCUUAUGAGGAUAUUGCUUUUCGAAUCGUUAAUCGAGAAUGGGA